GCGUGUCUGGCCCACACAUUUUAAAGGAAUUAACGUGAUUUUGGGGGCAGGCUGAUCCAAUCAAGUUUUAAAUCCCGUCCUGUGGUGGUGGGCUGUUCGUGAUGCCACGUCUUUUUUUUCCUUUUUUCUGUGUGGAUUCGCAGAAUUGUGUUGUUUUUCCUUUCUUCUUCUGCUCUCUGUGGAACAUGUGACUGGAGUAGACGCUCACAUGGCUGCCGCGGCUGCAUGAUCCGAUUUACUUUUUUAAAAGUCCAGUGAUCGGUGGCAGGAUCCCUAGGCAGCGGCCACACGGAGCAGAGAGAAGGACAGCACCCGCACAGACAGACGGACAGACGGGACCAUGGCGAGCAGCAGCGGGCAGAAAGUCGUGCUGAUCACCGGCUGCUCCUCCGGCAUCGGGUUACGAAUCGCCGUCACGCUGGCCAAAGAUGAGAAGAAGCGGUACCACGUUAUUGCCACCAUGCGGGACCUGAAGAAGAAGGACAAGCUGGUGGACGCGGCGGGAGACGUGUACGGCAAGACGCUGACGCUGAUGCCUCUGGACGUGUGCAGCGACGAGUCGAUCAAGCAGUGCAUCAGUAACGUUAAAGACCGCCAUAUUGAUAUCCUGAUCAACAACGCCGGCGUGGGCCUCCUGGGACCCGUGGAGAGCAUCAGCAUCGAGGAGAUGAAGAGAGUGUUCGAGACCAACUUCUUUGGCGUCGUCCGCAUGAUCAAGGAGGUGAUGCCGGACAUGAAGAAGAGGCGUUCGGGACACAUUGUCGUCAUGAGCAGCGUCAUGGGCCUGCAAGGAGUGGUGUUCAACGAUGUUUACACCGCCUCCAAGUUUGCCAUGGAGGGAUUCUGCGAGAGCAUGGCCGUGCAGCUGAUGAAGUUCAAUAUCCGGUUGUCCAUGAUCGAGCCCGGCCCGGUGCACACCGAGUUUGAGACAAAGAUGAUGGAGGACGUGGCCAAGAUGGAGUAUCCGGGAGUGGACGCGGACACCAUUCGUUACUUUAAAGACGUCUACCUGCCGUCGUCCAUAGAUAUUUUUGAAGCCAUGGGCCAAACGCCUGAGGACAUAGCCAAAUGCACUAAAAAGGUCAUCGAGUCGAGCAGCCCUCGCUUCAGGAACCUGACCAACAGCCUCUACACGCCCAUCGUGGCCUUGAAGUACGCGGACGAGACCGGCGGCCUGUCCGUCAACACCUUCUACAACCUGCUCUUUAACUUCGGCCCUCUCAUGCACAUAACCAUGAGCAUCCUCAAGUGCCUGACGUGCAGCUGCCUGCGGAGGCGCACCAUCUCACCUAACUGAAGCCAGAGCGUCCAGUCUUUUGCUCUUUCCCCCCAGUUCCCUUUGUUUGACCCCCAACUACGACCUCGGUGCCUUUCUUUCCUCUGAGGGUUUUUCUGGGGUGGUUUUGUUAGACUAGAACCAGUAUCUUGGAGAGAGAGAGAGAGAGAGAGAGAGAGAGAGAGAGAGAGAGAGAGAGAGAGAGAGAGAGAGAGAGAGAGAGAGAGAGAGAGAGAGAGAGGAGGAGGAGGUGCCUUUGCCGCCAUGAUAAGCUUUGCCUGGAUUACAUGCACACUUGCACAGAGAGAUUUUGUACGUAGGCUCGACCUCGUGUACUCUCCACAAACAAGUACAAAAACGACACGCGUUGUACAUACAUUCUAUGAAGAGAAGGCCUCGGUUUAUUUGCCGUACGUAUUUUUUUGGUUUCGGGAGAAUCUGAGUCCCGUGGACAAAAACUGCAAAGCACAAAAAAAAACACAAACCCAGAAAUAAUAACAGAAACAAACACAAUAAAGCGGCGGAGAAAGAAAAAGCUAUAUUCUGUGGCUUCAAUAACGUUACACUCAGGCUCGUUAGAGUAUCUAUAACAUGAAAGACAGAGUCAGGAAGAAUUUAUCUGCUUUUAUUGUUGUCGUGCCCUUAAUCUCAUGUUUGCCUUACAUAGUGUUCUCAUGGUCAUAACUGCUGUUGAAUCAUAUUUUUAUAAACUGGAUUUUCUUUGGUUCUUAAAAGGUUCUAUGUAUGAGCGGGUCGGUCAGGAUUUUUUUUUUAAUCUCACAACUUGAUUUAGAAAUAAAUCUGAUUUACUCUCAUAUGUAUAUUUUUGAUUUUUUGUGUGAAAUCGAAUAAUGUUUUAUGACUGUGUGAGGGUUUGUUGUGUUUUUCUUCUUGUCUGCAAGAAACCUUUCUACCAAUAGGGGGUGGUGUUUCACUGUUUUUUCCUCCUCCCCCACGGUCUGUUGUAACCUGUGGAUUUCACAGGAUCAGCAGAGACCAGCGUGUAAAGGAAUUUUGUCCUCUGUGGCCUGAGACGGACAAAUUCAAUAAAUCAUAGUGUAAAAUUCA